AAUUGUGUCCGUUUCGUAGCAUUGUGCAUGCUCUCUUCUUUGAAUUCUAGAACCAUCAGUGAUCGAUCGUCGAAAUUCAAUGGAUUUAAUGGGUACUACUGUUCGAGAAAAUCUUGUUCGUUCCGAUCGGAGGCCUCGGCCUACGAAUCCUGAUUCCGAUGUAACGGAAAAAUCUUUAGAUAGCGAUUCUAGUUCGAAUCCGGAGGGUUUACAAUUGGGGUUUAAUGAACCAGCGGAGAACCCUGAUUCAAACCCUAAUCCUGGUGGUAGUGAUUGGGGAUAUUGUACGGAAGAGAAAUUAGAAGAGCUUUUGAUGAACAAGUUGGAGUCAUUGUAUAAUGAGGCUAUUGCAAAGUUUGUUGGAUUGGGUUAUGACGAGGAUGUUGCUUUAAAAGCUAUACUGAGGAAUGGGCAUUGUUACGGUAACCAUGAUGCAUUGACUAACGUUAUGAAUAAUACCAUGGGUUAUUUGAAUAGUCAGGCUAGUGACAUUGGGGGUAAUUUAGAUGAGUCCAAGCAGGUUUUCUCUAAUUUAACGCAGUUGAGAGAUUUUUCAAUGGCUUGUCUGGUGUGUUUGCUGAGACGGGUGAGGCCAAGUUUGAGUAGAGGGGAUGCAAUGUGGUGUUUGCUCAUGGCUGAUCUUCAUGUUGGUCGUGCCAGCACGAUGGAAGUCCCUGUUGAUCCAAAACCUAAUGUUGAUGGUAUUAGUAACAGUGAGAUAAGUAGUCCUGUCGUGAACGACAUGGAGAAGGUUAAAGAUGAUUCAAUUGGGGUGACUCCGGAUUCGUGCAAGUUUCAUGGCGGUUGGGGCUUUGGGAAUAGAGGUACAUCUGAAUUCCCAGUAAAUCGACCUCUUUCUCCUGCUGAGUUGGAAGAGACUUUGCGAACCAAAAUUGCAUAUCCAAAAUGGCCAGUGCUCACUCCUACCAUGAAUAUGAUUUUGAAAACUAAUGUAGCUCUGUUUGCCAAGGAAUACAGAGCAAAUCAGAAAAGGAAACAAGUGGAAUCAGAAGCUGGUUCAAACUCUUUGUCCAGUGGAGAUUCAUCAAGUGCAGUUGACACAGGAAGUGAAGCUUGUCCUCCUGCAGAGGAAAAUUUGGGAACCCAGGGGGUGAGGAAUAAAGAAAAGGCUAACUUGAUGUGGAAGAAAUUCUGUGAGCUGAGUCUUGAAGAAAAUGGACAAAUCAUAGAUGAGGCUAAAACAGACGAUAUGCUUUUGGGUGUAAUACGUGAAAUUAAGGAACUUGAAAAACUAGUAAAGGAAAGGAAGGAUUGGGCCCAUCAGAAGGCGAUGCAAGCAGCAAGAAAGCUCUGUCAUGAUCUCACCGAGUUGAAGAUGUUGAGGAUGGAAAAGGAGGACAAUCAACGACUUAAGCAGGGAAAGCCAGCUACUGAGGACCCCACCAUGAAGAGGCUUUCAGAGAUGGAGAAUGCUUUGAGGAAAGCGAGUGGCCAAGUGGACCGUGCAAAUUUAGCUGUUAGACGUCUAGAAGUAGAGAAUGCUGAGAUCAGAGCAGAGAUGGAGGCCUCAAAGUUGAGUGCAUCGGAGUCUGUGACUAUGUGUUUGGAAGUUGCGAGGAGGGAGAAGAAGUAUCUGAAGAGGCUCUUGGCAUGGGAGAAACAGCGGGCCAAACUGCAAGAGGAUCUUACAGCUGAGAAACAGAAGAUCAUAGAGUUUCAAGAAGAAUUGCUCCAAGCGGAAGCAGCUAAGAAGACUGCCGAGGCAGGAUUGAGGCGGGAGCAGAAAGCUAGAGACCUUGCCCUUACACAAGUUGAAGAAGAAAGGCGUCUGAAAGAAGCAGCCGAAGCAAACAUCAAGAGACGACACGAGGCUCUUCGCUCAAACAUCGAGCUGGACUUCCAACGUUACAAAGACGACCUCCAAAGACUCGAACAGGAACUGGCACGCAUCAAAACCUCCACCGACCCAGAUCAGUACUCAACCUACCUCCCAACACCUGUGAGUCCGUACGUGUCCCACCCUCACGGUGGUGAAACUAUCGCAAGAAUGCUUCAUGAAUUGGACGACUCUGAUGACGGGAUUGAUCGUGCUUGCAUACUUUGCUUAAAAGAUGAAGUUUCGGUUGUUUUCUUGCCGUGUGCCCAUCAAGUUCUUUGUGUGAGUUGCAACGAUGCGUAUGGGAAGAAAGGGAAGGCGAAAUGCCCGACUUGCCGGGUCCCGAUUGAGCAGAGGAUUCGUGUUUUUGGCGCGAGUUCUUAAUCGCUGAUCGUUACAGUGUUUUCAUUUUUAUAUGUUGGGAAAAAUACAUGAGGGUUGUUGACCCCACCUAUGGCGAAAAUGUGCUCGGCUUGGCCCCCGGACCGUUCGGGACCAGGAACCGUAAGGACUGGUUAUGGACCGACGGUCCAGGAUCGAUUAUGCUUUUUACGAAAAUUCAAGGUCAGGCUUGGCCUGAGACCGGUUCGCAUGCGCCUAAGGAGAAAGUCUUUGCUAGCGGUUAUGUGAUUAGUGGCACAUUGACUGCUAAAUGACCGCAUUUUGAACGGAAAAAAGUAGCGGCAUAACUGCUAUUUAUAGAUAGGUUGUUUGGUGUUAAAAAUGUGGUUUGUAAAAAAUUAUAUUUUCGUGUCUAUGAUUUGUAAUUUAUUGUUGUUUUCGUUC